CCCCAACCUGGGUCCAAGCUCAAGGUUAAAUUCCUUGGAGAGUUUACAUAAAGUCGAUUCCUGGAACAGCUGCGCAGAUUGUUACUGAUUCACCGGUACCACCAUCAUCGCUACCGUAAUGGCCAAGCGAGCGAAACCGCAAAUACAAAACCAAAUUUCCGAAAACCCUUCCAUCUCCUCCAAAAUCCCAUUCCGACCCCGCAAAAUCUUAAAAGUAUCCAACACCCCCGCCUCCGCCAAGCCCUCUCCCUCCUCCCCCGCGCUCCCCAAAGCCCUAAUCCCACUAACCUCCCAAACCGAAAUCAACCUCGCCCUCCAACACUUGCGGAGCUCCGACCCGAAUUUAAGGGCCCUGAUCGACUCCUACACCCCGCCGUCCUUCGAUUCCAGCCGUCCACCUUUCAUAUCCCUUGCAAGAAGCAUUCUUUACCAGCAACUCGCCACCAAAGCCGCCCAAUCGAUCUACACCCGGUUCAUUUCGCUCUGCGGCGGCGAGGCCUCGGUGGUUGCCGACGUCGUUUUGUCGCUCUCGGCCCAGCAGCUCAGGACAAUCGGAAUCUCGGGCCGAAAAGCUUCGUAUCUUCACGACCUGGCCGAGAAGUACAGCGAUGGAACUUUGUCCGAUUCAUCGAUUCUCGAAAUGGACGAUGAGGCUCUGCUCAGAAUGCUGACUCUGGUGAAGGGAAUUGGGGUUUGGUCGGUCCACAUGUUCAUGAUUUUCUCGCUUCGCCGGCCGGACGUGCUUCCGGUUGGCGAUCUCGGCGUGAGGAAAGGAGUGAAGUUGUUGUAUGGGUUGAAGGAGUUGCCGAAGCCGUUGGAGAUGGACGAGCUGUGUGAGAAAUGGAGGCCUUAUAGGUCUGUUGGUUCUUGGUACAUGUGGAGGUACAUGGAGGCCAAGGGGGUCUUGUAGCAGAAAUUGAGGAGGCUCAGCUCAUAUGGUUUCGAGCUUUAUGAAAUUCCCGGGUAAUCGCCAUUUUGCUCUGAAUUUCGUGAUCUGUUGCAUUGUUAUUGAAUAAUGAAACUUGAAAUUAUGUUUCUGUAAUCUAUUGGUUCUGUAAUAGAAGAUGAGGUUUUACCGUUUUAGUAUUUGCUUGUGAAAGAUUGAGCCGGAUGAUUCUGUUCUAUUUGAAAGUUGUCUAAAUGUAGCAUCACUUGGAGGUGUGAUGCCACAUUUGAUAAUUGUAUGACGAUUGACGACUGAUGAUAUGAUUGGGAUUUAUAAGCAUCAUAAAUGAAACACCACUUGUGGAUUA